AGCAUCUUUUGACCUGCGCUGACUUUAAAGCAGUCUGAACACUAGUUCGUGAACUCUCUUUCAGCUUCUCUCUUUCUUGUUUUUUUUUUUGGUUCUCUUUGCUCUCUGAGUCGUCGUGUCAGCAUGCAGCUUUUAGCCAGCUUAGUGUCUCUGCUGCUGGUGCUGUACAGUGUGAGAGCAGCAGCCGUGCUUCCACCGGAGGAAAGGAUUCCAACAGAUAACAAGGAACUAAGUAAGGAGCGGAGGGAAUUGAUCGUCAAACUGCUCACCCUUCUGCUGGAUGGUGCGGACAACGACGUGCUGGCCAGAUAUCUCACUCCUCCGGAUGAGGAAGAGCCCAUAGAGUCUCGCCUGGAAGAAAGAGCCGUGUACAACCGGCUAGCGCAGCUGCCUCAGAGAGACCGCAAAGCCCCGUGUAAGAAUUUCUUCUGGAAGACGUUCACAUCCUGCUAACCCUGUGCUCUCUCCCAAUGCACUCUGCCCCUCCUCGAAACCUUCACAUGAACUGUGCACACCAUCACUGUACAUAUCAUUGGCACUGUCUCACUGAUGGGUCUUAAUGGACUUUACAGAUGCAGCCAGAUUGUUUAAGAUAUCGAUGAUUAUAUUUAUCUAUUUAUUGAUCUAUUGAUUUGCUAUUUAUGUAUGUUUUUUCAACAUCAUCUCAAACCAAUAAAGCAUGGUUAUGGCAGUGACUUUCAGAUAAAGGAUGUCUCAAUGUCUCAAAAUUUCCAGCUCCUAAGGAAAAAAGCAUUAAAUGAAAUAAUUUUAUCCCAAUGGAUAAAUAAACAUAUUUGCUGUGUUUUUGUGGAUUGCUUGUGAAGG